AGCUUCCAGUAAUAAUGGAACACCAAAGGGUGCAGCAUGUGCUUGAAAUUCUCACGGAUCCAAUCAAAUUACGCAUGAAAUUACUCCCAUUGGUGGAAGAAUGUGGAAAAUUGACGGGACAAGAUCCUUUUGGUUGGGCUUUGCUUGCAAAAUUAGUUUAUGCUUGUGAUCCAGAGAUGUUGAGAACCAUUUCAUCUAGAAUUCAGAAAAAGUUGAUUGCUGCUGCCAGACAACCAGUUACGGUUCCCCUGUUGCACUUUGUCCGUUCAUUCCUUGUUCGUUUUCAUUGGCUCAAAAGUUUCAAUGAACGAACUUUAGCUUAUAUUUGUUCACGUUCUGUGGAUUUCAGUGUUGAAAGUUGUUCAGAAAGCAGCAUCAGGCUCACUUCCAACAUAUACGCAUUAUGGGCCGGAACGAAGUAUGACUACAUCUUGCUAAAAACAUUGAAAAAUAUGUUGAAUAAUAUGAUUGUUGAAGAAAAGGAUGAAAACGAGAAGGUACUAUUUCGUUUUGAGACAGCUGUACACCGAUACCUUCCGCAGUUUAUUUCUGCAAUAUUCAAUCUGCAUAUAGAAGUGAUGAAAAGGUCUUCGCCAGAUGACAAAGUUGCUAUAAACGAGUGGUUGGAUAUCGCAUAUGAAUCAGCAACUGUUGUUGAAGCCGAAAAAUUAAGUUCUAUUUUCCGAUGGUUAAAGACUUUUCUGUUAAAAGCGAAAAGCUGCGCACAUCUUGUUGUACGAAGGAUUUCCUCAUUUAUCAACGAUUUCUGUCAACCAAGUGAAGCAUAUUACGAAGCAGUAAAAGAAUAUGUUCAGUUGGGACCGGAUCUGAGUGUUAAUGCUCUUUUUAGAACCCUUAUUCGUUCUGCCCGCUGUCAAUUACACUCACAGGAAUACGGAAAAGCAUACGCUGAAGCACUUAGUGUAAUGUUGGAAUUAAGACCAUAUCUAUUGGACAUUCGGGAUGUGAUAGAGCUGCAGCACUUAGUUUGUCAGGAGGCUUUCCAAAAUCGAAACUGUAGGCCGGCGCUUUCACUAUUAAAUUCACUGCUAGCUAUGAAUAAUGAAUUGGUGCCAUCACCUAUACAGAUUGCACAAAGCAUCUUCAAUGGCAGCGAAAUUUGGUGUGAUGAAGUACGUCUUGGCCGAGCGCUGUGUUCUUCCAUUUCGCGACCGCGUAUUCAAAUAAUGGUUUCCCAAGAAAAUUUGUUGAAGAAGUUGAAUGAUAUUGUGAUGGAUGACCAGCAGAUACAUUUCGGCGGUUCUCAGAAUUCGUUAGCUAUGCCAAAGAACUCAGAAGUGCAAUCUAACAGCGCUGCAGUCAGUAAUGUACUUUUUAGUAAUGUUCCUGUGGAGAAUUGUGCAAAUGUUGAAGUGGUAUCAGCGGAAAAUACUGUUCGAAAGCGAACAUACUCAUCAGCAGGAAGAAAAACCUUGAAGUAUGUACGGAUUGGUUCCGAAAAUGACGAAGAAAUGUUUUCUUCAAGGAUUGAAAGUUCGCAGUCCUCGGGAACAUUAGGGAUUGUAUUUGAAGAACAAAUAUCGGAGAAAAUAGGGUACACUUUAGCGGAGCAAGAGGAAUCACGAAAUACUUUUGCUGUAGAUGCAACAACAAUAAAACUUAAUUCAGAUUCUGACGUCAUAAUUUUGGAUAAAGAUGUAGUUAGUCGUGAGCUAACUAUUCAGCAAAUGAUGGCUGAUUUUGUGCCUGACUGGACGUAUCAUUCUUAAGUUUACGAACCAACAUGUGGCAAUAAUUUGAUUUUGUUUGAAAUGUGUUUGAUGAGAACAAAAAGUGUAUUGAAGAAAAAGAUAUAAACAAG